AUGGAAGCGCAGACGGAAUUGCUUCGGCAGUUUGUGAAUUUGUGCAAAUCAAAUCCGUCGAUUCUCCAUGAGCCGCGUUUUGCUUUUUAUAAAAAUUAUUUAGAAAGUCUUGGAGCAAAAAUUCCUCCUGCACAAGAUGCAUCAGAAAAUGAAAAUAAUAUGGAAACGGAUGAAAAUGUACCUGAUUUAGAUAUGUCUUGCGUUAUUGAAGCUGAUCAUGAUGAUCCAUUACCUAUGGGAGAUUCUGAAAAAGAGAUAACGGAUGAAGAUUUGGAAAAGGCAAAUGAAGAGCGUGAUCUUGCCAUGAUAGCUUUUAGCGAUGGUGACUUUGCUAAGGCAACCAAACAUUACACAAAUGCCAUCGAACUUAACCCUGGUUCAGCUUUGCUUCACGCUAAGCGAGCUAGUAUAUUGUUGAAUUUAAAAAAACCAAACGCAGCAAUACGUGACUGCGAUAAAGCAUUGUCAAUUAAUCCUGAUUCUGCACAAGCGUACAAAUUUCGCGGAAGAGCUAAGCAGCUUCUUGGCAAGUUUCUCGAGAGUUAUCAAGAUUUAGCCACUGCAUGUAAAUUGGAUUAUGAUGAUAUGGCCAACGAAUGGCUUAAAGAGGUCGAAGCUAAUGUUAGUGUUUUUUGA